CGAUCACCAGAGUCGACUGCAGUUUGUAAAGGCGCGUUGAAGUUCUAUAAGGAAUCCGAAUCAUGGCCAUGAUACCAGUUAGUUACAAUGAAAAGGAUAAUGUCUGGAGCGGAGCCAAGCGCAAUUCUAUAUUCAACUAUGACUCCUCCGUGGGUAAGAUUAUAUUCAACAACAUGAAGAACUGGCCCAAGAACGUGUGUCAGAUUUGCGACCUCGAUGGCGUCUCGGUUACCUUUGAGCAGGGACUCACCUGGGCCAUUCGUAUAGCCCAGUAUCUGAAGAAGCGAGGACUCAAUCAUAAGGAUAUAAUAGGUAUUGCAGCCAAGAACUCUACCUAUGUGAUGCCUCUGGGAGUUGCUUGCCUGAUGAACGGAACACCCUUUCAUGCAGUUAACCCCAUGCUGGAUGAGGGAACCUUGACCCAUGUCUUUGCCAUCACAAAGCCCUCUCUGAUCUUCUGCGAUGGUCAUGAGUAUGACAAGGUUCACAAGGCCACUGUUGGUUGGCAUCCGGAGAUCUACACCCUCACCGAUCAUGUUGAGGGAGUUCAGAGCAUUGAGACCUUGCUGGACCCCACAGCCACCGAAAGGAUGUAUCAACCGGAACCUCUGAAGGAGGGAGGCGACCAGACCGUGGCCAUCUUGUGCUCUUCGGGAACUACUGGCUUGCCCAAGGCCGUGUGCAUUUCCAACAGCAUUCUCAUUCAGGACAGCAUGUUGGUCAACAGCGAAUCGGUGAUCUUUAUAGGAAGUUGUCUGGAUUGGAUCACUGGCCUGUGGGCCUUUGUAUUCAGCACUGUUUUUGGAUGCACCAGAAUCAUCAGCAGCAAACCCUUUGCUCCCGAUUACUUUGUGGGUUUGGUGAAGAAGUACAAAAUCAACUAUGCCGUCCUGCCACCCCGUCACCUCUCGGCUUUGAUCACCUGUCCGGAGGCCAAUCCGGAAGCCCUGGCUCCUAUUACACACCUCAACUAUGGCGGUGGAGCCGUAUCCCUAGCCACUUUGCAGCGAUCGCAGGAGCUUUGCAAGAAGGCCAUGUUUAAUUCGGGUUACGGCAUGACCGAGGUGGGCGCCAUCACGAUCAAUAUUGGCAUCAGCAACGUCUCCUCAGCGGGCAGACCCAUUCCGGGCGUUAAGAUUCGCAUUGUGGACGAGGAGGGCAAGAACCAAGGGUACAACCAGGUGGGCGAGAUCUUUGUGCACACGGGACAGGCCUGGAAUGGCUACUAUGGCAAUCCCGUGGAGACUCGUCGCAUGCAGGACUUCGAGGGCUGGUUCCACACCGGCGACCUGGGCUACUUCGAUGACCAGAACUUCCUGUAUAUUGUGGAUCGCAAGAAGGAGAUUCUCAAGUACCAGGGUCUUCACUACUGGCCCACCGAGAUCGAGAGCGUCAUCACGGAGCUGCCACAGGUGCAGGAUGUCUGCGUGGUGGGCAUCUACGAUGAGCGGGAGGGCGAUGCCGCAGGAGCUUUGGUGGUGAAGAGCAAGGGAGCCAACAUAACGCCCAAGGAGAUUGUAGAGCAUGUGGCUAAGCGACUGCCUGCCGUGCAGAAGCAACUAAGAGCUGGCGUCCAGUUCACCGACAAGCUGCCCGCCAAUGUCAAUGGCAAGACGUUGCGUAAGGUGGCACGCGACAUUUUUGUUGCCCAAAGUGGCACGUGUGGAAAGUGAGAUCUUAACGUGUUCGAGCCAACGUAGUUGAGUUUUUGUUUUUAUUAAUCAUAAGUGCGGGAAGAUAAUUGCAACACUUUAAAUUAUUGUUGAAGUGCUCUGCUCGAGGGUCUCGAUAGUGAAGUGACCUUUGGUUUGCAAUAAAUUGUAACUGCAAGAAAA